AUGCUCGGCUUCCUGCGCGUCCCCGCCCGCCGCGCGGCUCUCAUGUCGCGCCGCCACGCCUCGAGCGAGAGCCUGCAGUGGGCCGCCGCCAUGAACAAGCCGCUGGCCGAGUCGGACCCGGCGCUCUUCGACAUCAUCGAGCGCGAGAAGCAGCGCCAGCGCGACUGCAUCAGCCUCAUCGCGUCCGAGAACUGCACGUCCGUGGCCGUGCUGGACGCGCUGGGCUCCGUCAUGUCCAACAAGUACUCGGAGGGCUACCCGGGCCAGCGCUACUACGGCGGCAACCAGAUCAUCGACGAGGCCGAGGAGCUCUGCCGCGCGCGCGCGCUCGAGGUCUUCAACCUUGACCCGGAGCAGUGGGGAGUCAACGUGCAGUCGCUGUCCGGCUCGCCCGCCAACUUCCAGGUGUACACGGCGCUGCUGGCGCCGCACGACCGCAUCAUGGCGCUGGACCUGCCGCACGGCGGCCACCUGUCGCACGGCUACCAGCUCGGCCGCAAGAAGAUCUCGGCUACGUCCAUCUUCUUCGAGAGCAUGCCCUACCGCCUGGACGAGAGCACGGGGCUCAUCGACUACGACGGCCUCGAGAAGUCGGCCGCGCUCUUCCGCCCCAGGCUCAUCGUGGCCGGUACCAGCGCCUACUCGCGCCACAUCGACUACGCGCGCAUGCGCGAGAUCUGUGACCAGCAGGACGCCGUGUUGCUCGCCGACAUGGCGCACAUCAGCGGCCUGGUGGCGGCGGGCGUCGUGCCCUCGCCCUUCGAGUACGCCGACGUGGUGACCACGACGACGCACAAGUCGCUGCGCGGCCCGCGUGGCGCCAUGAUCUUCUACCGCAAGGGCGUGCACCACGUGGACAAGAAGAGCGGCAAGGAGGUCAUGUACGACCUGCAGCAGAAGAUCGACUUCGCCGUAUUCCCCGGCCUCCAGGGCGGACCGCACAACCACACCAUCGCGGCGCUCAGCACGGCGCUGCUCCAGGCGCAGAGCCCGGAGUUCAAGGCCUACCAGACGCAGGUGAUCAACAACUCGCGCGCGUUGGCGGGUGAGCUCAUGGAGCGUGGCUACGAGAUCAUCUCCAACGGCACGGACAACCACCUGGCUCUGGUGGACGUGAAGAAGUCGCGCGGCGUGGACGGCGCCCGCGUGGAGUUUGUGCUCGAGAGCGCCAACAUGGUUGUGAACAAGAACACAGUGCCCAGCGACAAGAGCGCCUUCGUGCCCGGCGGCAUUCGUCUGGGCGCCCCCGCCCUGACGACGCGCGGUUGCACAGAGGAGGACUUCAAGCAGGUGGCUGCCUUCAUUGACAACGGUGUGAAGCUCACGGCUGAGCUGAACGAGCGCGCUCGCGCGCAGGGCAUGAAGAAGGUGAAGGACUUCAAGGACUUCGUCGCUGCCGACGCCGAGGCGAAGGGCCAGGUGGACGCGCUCAAGGCCGACGUGACUGCGUUUGUGCGUCAGUUCCCCACCAUCGGCUUCAGCGAGGAGGACAUGAAGUACAAGAACUAAAUUCCGACCAGCAGAGAAGAUACCCCAUUGCUGACUGUAUCAAUGUCAUGACGACACAGUCUCCCCG